ACGGGGCUGCUGGGUCACGCUGAGCCUCCAGCUGUCACAGAGUCUCCUGAACAGAGUCGCUUCCACCAGGAAACUCCAGGAAGAGACGCACAGGGGAGGAGGAGGAGGAGGAAAACAAUCAGGCCACCAGGAGGAAGGCCCCCGUGUGGCUUGUUGCCAGGAUGCCACAGCCCGGGUAUAAAGGCUGCCUGGGGCAGGAGCCUCCAGACCAGCCCCGUCCUCCACCCUGACUCCACUCCCGCCCCACGCCACCAUGUGCCAGUCCAGCUGCUCCACGGGCUGCCAGCCGGCCUGCUGCGUGCCCAGCUCCUGCCAGAUGUCCUGCUAUGUGCUCAGCCCCUGCCAGACGUCCUGCUGCAUGUCCAGCCCCUGCCAGACGUCCUGCUGUGUGCCCAGCUCCUGCCAGACGUCCUGCUGUGUGCCCAGCUCCUGCCAGACGUCCUGCUGCGUGCCCAUGAGCUGCAAGCCAGCCGUGUGUGUGCCCAUGAGCUGCAAGCCAGCCGUGUGUGUGCCCAUGAGCUGCAAGCCAGCCGUGUGCCUGCCUGUGAGCUGCAAGCCCGUUGUGUAUGUGGCUCCCUCCUGCCAGUCCUCUGGGGGCUGCCAGCCCUCCUGCUCCACCCUGCUCUGCAGCCCUGCCCCCUGCGGCACCCCUACCUGCUGCUGAGCCCACGGCCUCCUAGGACCCCUCCUCCAUGCGGUCAGGGGUAGCUGCUCUCCCAGCUCCUACCAGGCAGCCCAGACAUCACCCACUUCAGACCUUCCGGACCCGACUAGACCAGCUUACAGCAAAGCCACUUGAUCCCCGGUACCCAGGCGGAGAGUCGCCCCCAGUGUCUCUGGCUGGUGCAGGGUGCCCAGCUCUGCAGCCCCCGCACAAAAGUCUAAUA